AUGUCGGCGUCAGCAAGUCAGGGCUUCAUAAAGACAGUAAUGGUGAUGAUGGAAUCCGUAGUAUCGGGUCAUCGAAUGAUUGGGUUCCGUCCACGUCAAAUGAAUACCAAGAAGGAAGUGAUAGCUUUCGACCCUCUGAUUCAACGUGAAGUACUCUACCGUGAGGUCAAGAAAAUUCGCAGUCUUCACAAAGCAGGCUCUCGGGAAUGA